AUUGUUUAGCAUUAGCAAGAAUUGGUACCUAAUUUGCUUUUGCUACCGGGAUUUUAAGAACAUUAGAAAACCUUUAUAAACUUAACUUUUUUAUUAUACUGCGGUUCCUAAAAAGUGUAGAAAAUAUGAUGGACUGUGUGGAAGAAACAAAUCAUGAUCCCCUUACUGCACCACCAGUAACAUCUCCCUCUGCUUGUGAAAACAAGACUGAAAAGAAGAAACCCAGUGAGAAUGUCUCACUAGCUGACAAUAGCUUACUAGUGGACAUAUCAGAUGCUCUCAGUGAAAAAGAAAAAGUUAAGUUUACAGUACAUACUAAAACUACAUUACCAGAAUUUCAAAAGUCUGAAUUUUUGGUAGUUCGCCAGCAUGAAGAAUUUGUGUGGCUCCAUGACAGAUAUGAAGAGAAUGAAGAAUAUGCUGGUUAUAUUAUCCCUCCAGCGCCACCACGGCCAGAUUUCGAUGCGUCGCGUGAAAAACUUCAACGGCUUGGUGAAGGAGAGGGUGCGCUUACACGAGAAGAAUUUUUGAAAAUGAAGGAGGAGUUAGAGGAUGAGUAUCUGGCAACUUUCAAGAAGACAGUGGCGAUGCAUGAAGUUUUUCUACAACGUUUGGCCGCGCAUCCAGUGUUCCGCAACGACGCACACCUCCGUGUAUUCCUUGAGUAUGAACAGGAUCUGUGCGCCAAGCCACGUGGUAAAAUGGAACUCAUUGGUGGAUUGAUGCGUUCCAUGACAACAACCACCGACGAAAUUUAUUUGGGCGCGACUGUGCGCGACGUGAAUGACUUUUUCGAACAGGAAACCGCUUUUCUACAGGAGUACUACUCGCACCUUAAAGAGGCCGUUGCAAAAGUCGACCGUAUGACGUCGAAGCAUAAAGAAGUGGCAGACGCUCACAUCAAGCUGUCGUCGUGCUUAACGCAGCUUGCGACGCGCGAGCAGCCGCCCACCGAGCGCUUCCUCACGCGCGCCGCCGAGACCUUCGACAAAUGUCGCAAGAUCGAAGGUCGGAUGGCUUCAGACCAAGAUCUGAAACUAGCGGAUACUCUGCGCUACUAUAUGCGGGAUGGUCACGCUGCUAAAGCCGUGCUCGUGCGGAGACUUAGGUGUCUUGCUGCUUAUGAAGCAGCAAAUAGAAAUUUGGAGCGAGCUAGAGCUAAAAAUAAGGAUGUUCAUGCUGCGGAGCAAGUACAGGCAGACGCGUGCGCUCGUUUCGAACAGCUGUCGGCGCGUGCUAGGGAGGAGUUAUUAGAUUUUCGCACUAGACGUGUUGCAGCUUUCCGGAAAAGCUUAAUCGAUCUCGCGGAGUUGGAGAUCAAACACGCGGCAGCGCAACAAGAGCUUUUCAGAAAGUCUCUUCAGGUGCUUGGGGAAUGCCAGUAAAUAAAUUAUUCACGAACUGAACAGUUAAAAGAUUGAUUUCUUAUGGCAUGGAAAUAACGUAUUGGCGUGACUGCAUGUCCUUAAGCGACAACACGCAAUUUUAUUCUAAUCUAUUAUAUAUUAUUGUGUAUAAAAGUUUAUGUACUGAAAUUGACAUAUUUGUUUUUAAUAUUACAUGUAAAAGGUUAUUUCUUGUUAAUAUCAUUAAAUUGAACACGGCAGUUGCUUUUGGUUAGCGACAAAUUUUACAUAUUCGUCGUAUAUUAUUAUUGUCAGCUAUUAAUUUUUUUUUCAAAGCCGAUCACUAUAAAGCAGUUUUACACUUCACAUAACAUUUCAGCUUAUACACAUUUUUUUUGUACAAGAUUUUCUUUAAUUACUAGUUCUAUCGCUUUUUUGGAGGUUUUUUUUUAGUAAGUACAUAUAUAACGACAUUAACAGGAAUAAAGAAAAGUUCGAUAAUAUAUAAGACGCGCUAUUGGAAACACAUGUUUAUAAUUUCCUAUAAUAUAUAUGAGUGUGUAUUUGUGUAAGUAAUAACUUGAUGUGAAAUUGAUCUUAAUGAAGUAAGUACACAAGUGGCCAAUAAUUGCGCCAAAAUACAUUUAAGAUGGUAGCGAUGAAAGGAAUAUAAUAUUUAGUAUAAAUAUAUAGUUAUUUAUCAUGUCUGUCAGUUAAUGUGAGCGUCGAAGUCGAAGAUGGUGGAUAGUAAAAUAUAUAAGUUUUUUUAACGAGUUUUUCUUUGGUGCAGAUUUAUAUAAGACUAUACAGAGAGUUAUUAUUGUAAUAUAAAAUUGUAUGAAGACCUUUUUUAUGUAUUUGCUAAUAAGCAUAAGCAGAUUUUUACUUAUUUCACCUAAUUAUGCAGAAAAAAUCACCUUUUAAGGCUUCAUUCACCAACACUGAUUAUUUAAUUAGAAAUUUCAAUUACACAAAUAAAAUAGACUUUUAUGGUAGCACUUUAAAAAUGGGUAAUGAAACAAAUUACUUCAAUUUUUCUGAGUUAUUGUUAGCAAACCCGCAAAAUAUUAUUUUGCGGCAAAUAAUACUUUUUGAGGAAAAGUUAGUUUAUAUUUCACAGAAAUCUAUCUAUUCGUUAGUGCUGCCUCUCUGCAGACUUCGCAUUUAAAUUUUAAAUACUACUUUAGAGAAAAAAUAACAUUUGUUUGAAUUGAGCAUGCACUUAUUUUCCAUAUUACGCAUGAUAUAUCUGCAACACCAAGGCAGUUGUGUGUUGCCGUUGCCGGCUAUUUAGAAACCAGUAGGCUCCUGAGAUACCUCAAUGACAACCACUCAGAAAAAUUCCUGAAAACAACAACCAGUGGUGGUUUGCCGACCAUGGAGAUGAUGUGAAUUCAAUUUCUAACAAUUGAACCGUAGUAACCGUAGUGUACGAUGAUGGAAUAUGUGACUUAAAAUUACACCACUUACCAUCAGGUAGGAUAGUAGUCAAGAACUAGCUUAUAAUAGUAAAAAAUCAGAGAUCUAAUGUCUCUGCGCAAAGCCAGUAGAUCGUACCAAUCUGAAAGAACUCUGUCAUCGACGUCAUGAGGGUGACAAACGAGCUCACAGUCCACCUGAUGGUAAGUGGAUCCUGUGGCCCAUAAACACCUACAUCUGUAUUCUCGGUAAAUAGGAGGACUAAGACAGAAUGCCUCGUUACCAGUAAAGGAGUCUCCGGUUCUCUACUUUCACCCAACGAAACAUAGCAGCAUUAAGCUGCUAUUUUACGGUGGUAUUCUGUGAGAUCGCAGGCCUUCCCCGAUCGAGCGGAACCAUAAUAUAGCUACAGCGUGGCUGUAUCACGUUAAUUGUUUUUGGAUGACAUCAAGUGGAAGGUACUAACUCUGGGGUGUCUGUAAUCAAUGCUGAACUUUGAUUUAUAAAGUUGCAAGCGGUAGGUUUGAUGGAGUAUUUAUCUCCGCAAGGUAAUCUUUUACAGAUUUUCGAUGAUUAGUAAUGUCUUCACUAAGAAAAACAUAAAGCAUUUGUUUCGUUACCCUUUUCUAAAGUCAAGCCUUUUCUUAACAAUAAGUAAAUAUAUGAAUUCUUUGCUCACUUCACUGUAAGCCACGCGGACCAAACAUAUCUUUUUGUUUUGUAUUUAAGUUAUAUUUGAGCUAUUGUUAUAUCUUGUUAAAAUUGCUAGAGAGUUGUGAGCAUACCUAAUAUUGAAACUAGAACUCCUUACUUUAAUAAAAGUUACCCUUAAUGAGGUAUAAGUAUUUCGUUUUACAUCCGAUUGUUUUAUUAACUGAUGAUUGUUUGCUUUUCUAAGUCACGCAAUAUUUUAGCUGUUGUUUUUUUAAAUGAAAGUUAGAAUGGUAGGUAUGCUCUACAUUCUUUAUCUAUCACUCGUUUUUGGCUAUGCAAGAAUGUUUCGGUGCAGUCUCGUGUACGAGAUGUUAUUUUUAAAAGUUUAAAUUGUAAUACUAAGAAAAUAUACGAAUUAUAGAUC